AUGCUGCCGGCGCUGGUCAAGCUCUGCUGUGGAAUCUCCUACCCUCAUCUGAGGAGCAUGGCAGGUCUGCAGCGUGCGGCGGUGGCAGUGAUAGGCCAGGAGAUCUCACACCUGAACACCAGGAGACCCCCCCAGGUCCAGACCCACGUCCAGACCCACACAGCGCCAUCUAACGGUGAAGCGCCUUCAGAGGACGCCCCCUGCAAAAAAGAGCAGAGUCUUUAUGAGCAGCAGGGACGAGGCGCCAUGGAAACAGCUCUGAGUGUGAUACAAGACAGAGACGGGUGGAAGACGGAGGUCACAGAGCGUGACGGAGACGUGAUCUGCAGUAAAGUCCUUCGAGGGAACAGGAGGGUGUUUAAAUUGGAGGCGGAGCUGGACGCCACGGUGGAGCAGUUACACCACGUCCUGUUUGUGCGGGUGGAGGACAUGCACCGCUGGAACCCCAGUAUCCAGCAGAUCAGGGUCGUCCGCAGACUCGGCUCGGACACUGUCAUCACACAUGAGGUUUCCGCGGCGACGGCGGGGAACCUGAUUGGUCAGAGAGAUUUCCUGAGUGUGAGGCACAGCUGGAAACAUCAGGACACAGUUUAUCUGGGAGGAACCUCCGUCCACCUGGAGGCGCUACCCCCCCAGAGCGGCUUCAUCAGGGCGGAGGAUGGACCCACCUGUUUUAUUCUUGAGCCGAUUGGACCAAACAGAAGUAAAUUCACGUGGCUCCUGAACCUGGACGUCAAGGGCUGGUUGCCUAAGUCUGUGGUGAAUCAGGCUUUACCUCGCGCUCAGUUGGACUUCACUCGACACCUGCGCAGACACUUGUCCACAGGGGGCGCUCUGCAGGGUGAGCCGAGCAGGUGA